AUGGCUGGAGGAGUAGCAACAGCAGUGUCUCAUGGAGAGUCUUCCAAUGACAGUGAUAUGUCAAGCUCAGACUCCAAGAUCAACUCCGAGUCCAGAAGUGUGUCUUCCAAGGAGAAUAUGAGCUUCUCAUCUGAGAAACUCAGCAAACUGAGAUACCUAUUGCAGAGUGUCCCUUCUCUUAGUCCUUCACCACCAGCUUCUCCUUCACUUUGA